AAUCUAUCAUCAUCCAUCCAUCCAUCAGCCAGAUCAAAACCAACCGUUCGUUUGUGCCCUGUGCCCGUCUUGCGCCAGCUGCAACUGUACUUACACAUUCGAGUCGUUGGAAUACAGACCCCCGAAAAAUGUCGGCCGAAUCCGCGGACUCUGUUGCGAUGGGCCCUCCCGAGGUACCCGCCAAGGAAAAUAUGACAUCGAAGGAUAUUGAACACCUUGAGGAAGCUAAACUGAAAGCAAAGUUUCCUAUGGCUGCAAACAGACCUGCUCACUCAGCAUUCCUUCAGAAGCGGUUGCUGAAAGGGCAAAAGUAUUUUGACUCUGGAGACUAUCAAAUGGCGAAGCAGUCGACACAGCCCAGUAACCUUGCGAAGCCAAGACCACCACCCUUCAUCCCCAUUCAGACCGGCGAAGAGAUUCCGACUCCUGAAUCAGUUCCAGCAAGAAAGACCUCCAUCAUCCAACCCUCCCACAAAUUUCCUCAUCCAUAGGUUUCCUUUUACAUUAAGUAAUAACACUGGUUGUUAUGUUUUAUGUUAGAGCAGUUGAGACUGCCUUUUAUGGAGGGACAGAGUACUUUUGGCUGUGGGAAACUCAAUGUUUCACCAGCUUCGUCACGUGGUGCAUGCUCCAUUACCAUGUUAGUAAUUUAUUUUUUUAUCAUAGGUUGCCUAUGUGUUGUGCAGGCCACUUCUGGCACCUAGCUAUGGGGUCCUUUCUGUGUUUGGUCCAUUAGUGGUGAUUAUGACUUUAUCUUAGACCACCCUGUUGUCAUGCCUACCAUCAUCGUCCGUCAUGGAUGCAAAUUUUCACGAUUGCACUAAAAUUUAGAGUGCAAUUUAUCAUGGACCACAGUCUUGUUGUAUCCUAAGGAAAUUAAAUUUACUGUAUCUGUUUUGGUCCCUUUUAUUUUCUAAAUUUUGUAAUUUUUCAUGUUCUAUAGAUUAGCUGUUGAAAUUGUAUUAUUUAUACACAGUUUCUCCCCCACUUGCUUGGCUUUCCAUGGAUGUCCAGAUGUGGUAAUAUUUUUAUUUGCUGUGCUAAAGGUUUUACACUGUAGUCCUCCAUCAGUCAGAUGUUUAUAUUACACAGUUGGUUCUGUGUGGCUAUUAUUGUUUUUUUUAGACGUAGAGCGUUGCUAUCCAAGGCAAUUCUUCAUUUCUGAAAGUCUUCUUGUCUUAAGUAAUGUAUUGUCGGUGUUUAGGUUUAAAAGACUAAGUAUGAUCAAGUGAUUUACCUUGUGUUGUCAGUGUUUGUAUGUUAAUGAACCCUCUAUACCUAUCCCAAGUAUUGUUGUCAUCAAAAAGAUACAUUAAUAUAGAAUUUGCAAAUCUAUUAAUCACUAUCCUUUGUGUUUAGACUUGUGUGUUAGUUGUUGGGCAAUGGAUUGCCAUUAUAUCAAGAUAUGUUCUGAUGCUCGUAUUGUGUACUCCUCUAGCUCGAUUUGCAUUGAUUUAAUUGUAGUGCUCUGUUCCCUCUUCUUUUUCCAUCAUCUGUAUGCAUCUUGCAGCAUAACUAACUUAUCUGACAUAAAUUAGAUUUGUUCUUCACAGUACAUUGUAGGCUCAAAUGGUCAGGUUGCUGUUGGGGAUUUGGUUUAUAAAAUCUGAUAGUAGCACCAAGUCUGUGAUACACUUUUAAGUCUGACUGAACUAAAUUUUCUUUCAUGCUCAAUGCAAAGUUUGGACAUAUUGCAUGUGUUAAAAUUGAAGUUUCCGUCACAUUCCCUCUCUGGAAUGAUUUGAGUUAUUUUUUAUUUUAAGGUGGCUAAUAAAUAAACUUUUUAGUA